UGUAUAUAUCGUGCUCGAUAAUAGCCCGUCAUUGACGAGCUCAAUAAUAAUAUGAAGAUUUGCAUCGUUCUAAAUUUUUUUCUACUUGUUCUAUUUCUAUGUAUCACAUCAUCGGAUGCACUUUUUUUUCACUAUCCAAAAAAUGUACUUUCAAAUUUUUUUAAUUCACUAAAAGCAAAAAAAGAAUUAAAACAUCCACCACCAGAUAUUCAUCAUCUACAUUUGCAUUAUUAUCCUGUGCCAAUUGUUCAUACAGCUGAAACGAUAUUAAAAGCUCCAGAUAAACAUGAACUUGAUACUUUACAUACAAAUAAAUUGGAAGCCUUGGGCUGGAAUGAUCAAGAAUUUAAGUACGUGCCAGAUCCAAUAAUUCAUCAUUUUCCAAGUUUUACAUCAUCAUGGAUUGGUAGUACAAAUAAUUUACAUGAUUUUCAUUCAGAACCAACAGGAUGGGAUACAGCUACAACCGGAAUUGAUCGUCAUUCAAGAAGUGAAUCCCGUAUAUUUAUUCAAAGACCAUUACAUCAACAAAUCAUUGUACAACAACCAAAGAAAAAUGAUAAAAAUAUUAAUCCAUUAUCUAUGUUUUUCAAGAAAAUACAUCACAUCAAAAAUUCAAUAUUCCAUUAUCCUGAUGGAAAACAAGAUAAUUCAGAUCAAAUACAUAAUAAUUUAAACAAUUUUUACGUUUAUAAUAAUUUAGCACCAACAUCCGCUGGAAAACUGUAAGUUUUCUU